AUGUCAGGUCUAGUCAACUACAACUCGGACUCCGAUUCCGAAACCGAAGCCAGCCCUGUGGCUACCGCCGCCCCUGCCGCGACGACGACCAGCCAACCCGCCACCGCAAAAAAGCCGUUUCAAAAGCUGAUCGACCGCAGCAACCCGGGCAAGAUCGUAGUCAGCCUACCGCAAUCUUCCGCAUCAGAUGAGCCGCCGGCCAAGCGGGCCAGGACAGAAGGCAAAGGGGGCGGUCUCUUCAGCAGCUUCAGGUCCGCUCUGCCUGCUCCGAAGAAGACAGCUCCACCGGCCGUCGCCAAAUCGACGGCGUCGGCAUCAGGAGGGGCGCGGGCGGUUCCGUUCACCUUUUUCAAAACCAGUUCGGAGGCUGCCUUUAGUCGCGAGCCCGCCGCGGUCCAGUCUGCAGAUGGUGACGACGACGACGACGAGACUGCCGUAGAACUAGGAGGAGGUUCGGGUGGACUCAAGCUGAAUCUACCCCCACCCAAGUCGCAACAGGCCGGGACGACCUCUGCAGACUCUUCAACAUCGGCAGACCCGAAACCGGAGCCAGAGAAAGAAGUCAAGAUGAUCGGUAAGCCGCUGAUGUUUCGGCCGCUGUCGGUAGCGAGGAAGCCUGCUGGCAAGAAGAGCAUCGCCGCCAAGCCCAAAAGCACGCCGGCUGCGGCGCCACCGAAGCAACCGACAGAAUUUGCAACAUCCAAGACUGCCGGUCCCCCUGCCGAAGCGCCCAAGAAGAAGCAAAAGGUUUCGUUGUUUUCUCUUGGCGAAGAUGCAACGGACCUGGCAGAAGAGCCGGAGCAGCCUCCUGUCAGCAUGAAUGGCUACACACCCAUGUUCGAGGAUACCGUGAUUGAAGAUGCUGUUUCCUCAGACUAUGCAUCUUACCAGCCUCUAGAGACGCACGGGCAGCCCACGUCGGCCGUGGCGGGCAGUCAAGAUCAGUCAUUGGACGCCAUCGCCAACGACCUAAACCUAUCCGCCGCAGCCAGGCGUGAGCUGUUUGGAAGGGGAGGCUCGGCGGCUGCGCAGUCAGCGACGGCCUCCAAGGUUAUCAAUUUCAACUUGGACCAGGAGUACCGGACCAACGAGGAGAUGCGUGCCUCUGGAGAGCUGCAGGCGCCGGCCAAGGUUGUCAAGGGCAUCGCGCCAGGCAAGCACAACCUGCGCCAGCUUGUCAACGCCGUCCAGAGUCAGCGGGAGGCGCUCGAAGACAGCUUCGUUCAGAACAAGGCCAAGCAGGCGGAUGCAUCGUCAAGAUACGGUUGGCGAUGA